CGGGCACGGCUCUCUUAUGUUGUUCUCCUCUGGACGAGCGUGACGCUCUAGCCUUUUGGCUUCUUGGUGUUUUUUCUCCUGAGUACCGGCGACUUCCGCUUUCUGGCUGGGGCUCUUUCUCUGGACGACGUUGUUGCUGGCAAGAUGGUGAAUGUCCCCAAAACCCGCAGGACUUACUGCAAGAAAUGUGGAAAGCACCAGCCCCACAAAGUAACCCAGUAUAAGAAGGGCAAAGAAUCUUUGUACGCUCAGGGAAAGCGUCGAUAUGAUCGCAAGCAGAGUGGCUAUGGUGGUCAGACAAAGCCUAUCUUCCGCAAAAAGGCAAAGACCACAAAGAAGAUUGUGCUGAGGCUGGAGUGUGUGGAGCCCAAUUGCAGGUCAAAAAGGAUGCUGGCCAUUAAGAGGUGCAAGCACUUUGAGCUGGGAGGAGACAAGAAGAGAAAGGGCCAGGUUAUCCAGUUCUAGGCAUUCAUCUUGUUAUUUGGCACGAAACCCAUUAAAGUCCUGUUGAAACACA